AUUAAUUUAUUAGAAGCAUCCUAAAAGCCAAACUCGAAUUUUCUUUGUGCUGCGAAAAGUCUAAACGUGCUUUUGCUGAAAAUCACAGAGCUUUCUUUGCUCCAUUCAGAAGUUGUGAGGAUUUUGUGAAAAAUGUCCGACGAGGAUACCCCAGUUGUGACGGCUGAGAAAAAGCGCGGACGCCCCGGUGCCGCUGAUAAGGAGAAGGCUGUGGAGGCAAAAAAGAGACCUCGAUCAUCCUCCUCGGAUACUUCGGAUUCCAAGAAGGUGGUCGAGAAUGGAAAUGUCCCAGCAAAGCGUGGACGUGGGCGACCCAAAGCAGUCUCCAAAGCUUCCACUACCAAGGUGAGGGCUGAGAAGAAAAGCUCCCGCGGUCGGGGACGUCCAAAGGCGGGUAAGAAGGCCAAGAGUAGCUCAUCAGAAUCCGAAGAGGAUGACGAUGAUGACGAGGAGGAAGACAAUGAGGAUGCUGAAGAUUCAGAUGAGUAAGUGAUUCUCCCAUCCAACCCUCCCCACCCCCUCCAUUUCACAUCCUGCGCAGCGGAAAAAGCUGCAAUAUCCCGUGAUUUUGGAAUGUGAUUCUGUGCUUUAUUUCCUGUCUGAGUUCCUCUCGAAAAGUGAGUGAGAUUUUUAGCCAAAAAAUGUGAAAAUUGCAAAUAUUUUCUUCC